GAUAAAUAAACCUACUCGGCUUCUCGGCUAUUUGGAUCCAGUAAACGCUACAGGCUACACAGUAUAUCCUUGUGCGCUCACGUGGCCUGAUGAGACACAGUUAAAUCUAAGAGAUACGUUUGUUACAAUUAUCUUGUGAAAGUUUGUGCUUUGUUUUAUCACGACGUUUCAUCAUUAUAAUCAUGAAGAUUACAAUAAUGUCUCUGCCUAAUAAUAUGAUUGUUGUCAUUCUGAUGAAUCUCAGCAUCAAGGACAUCGUGAGCUUUAGUUCCACGUGCAAAAAAUUUAGACAAAUAUCGUGGGAAAAUAAAUUUUGGGCGAAAAUAUUCUAUGACAAUUGGCCUUCUACCAAAAAAAUUUACAGUACGACGAUCACAAACGACGAUUUUUGCACAAUAGAUUUUACAAACCAAGUAAAAGAAGCUGUAAAAUUUAGGAAAAAUAUAUCGAGUUUGUUAUCUCAGAUGUCCGAGGCUAAUUUGGACGAUACUAACAAGAGAGAAAUAGUUGUAAACUUUCUUUGUGCAACAUCGCGUUCUGUAAAAUAUUAUAUUGCUGUAGAUGAGCUUAGACAAAUAAUUUCACAAAGUCCACGGGUAUUUGGUUGCGAUUUGACGCAAAGAUAUUAUAGUUCCCAUAUCUAUCGACAACUAAAAUAUUUCCAUAUCAUGUACAAAUUGCUAGAAUUUACAUGGGAAACCAAAGAGCAACAAUUUUUGGAGCAGAUGAUUUCUUAUUUAAUACAAUGGUUCAAUGUCAACAUUGAUAUCUUCAAUGAUAUCUCUUACUCGCACAUAAAAACGACAUUGGAUCAUCUCGCAGAAAAAGUAUUGCAAGUUCUUAAAGAAGAAGAUCCCUCACAUCCUAUAUUCACGAGAUCUAAAGUUUUCCAUGAUUAUUGGCAAAACAAUAAUGUCUUCUACACCGAAUGGAAUCAUAACGAAAUAUUGAAGAUUUUGACUGUAAUAGAAAAAAUUGUAUUCUUGCCAUCAUAUUUCCAUAAAUUAAAUCAAUUAUGGGUAAAAACACAUAAAAAUGAGUCCGGAAUGGUUAUUUCAGAAGGCAUCCAAAGUAUAUGUUUCCUAACGAUAUAUCACAGUGUUUUGCGAAGACUCGGUAUAUACUCCGUUUUAAUUUUAAAAAAUGUGCUUCAAAUUUUUUUGAAAACGGAAAAAAAACUUCCACCAGAGUAUAUUUGUGUGCAACUGCAAAAGAGCCAACUCUCUUUGAUGAACUUUAUUAGAAGGGAUAAUCGUGAAAAAAAUCAUUUAAUGAUAAACAUGACAUUAAUUGAAUAUUUGAAAGAACGAGAACAAAACUUAAACAUACAGGAUAAAGGGCAACUGUUAUUACUGUGGCAUAUUCUGGAAGGAAAUCCGGCAGAUAUCAUAGACUUAUUGAGGUGGGAAUGUAACUUGAAUAUAAAAAAAAGCGAACCAGAAAGAUCAGCAGAAUUAAAAUUUGUAAUUGGAACAAUCGUAACUCAUAAAUGUAAUCACUAUAAAACUCAUUUUGGAGUUAUAGCUGGUUGGCAUCAUUACUUCAAUUUCAAUUCAAUAAAAUUUGGUAUUUCAUUUCAAACCUUACCGGAUAAUUACUCAAAAAUAUCAUGCAAAAAUGUUGACAAUUGUAUACAUUCUGACUGUUUGCUACAUAAACCAUAUUACAUAAUCCUCUGUGAAAAUAACGAAUAUUGUUACGUACAAGAAGACAAUAUAUCGAUAUGUUCUUCAACAAAAUGGAUAAAUCAUGAUGAGAUAGGACGAUAUUUUUCUAGAUACGAACAUACUUAUUAUGUACCAAAUGAAAUGCUAGCAAGGAAUUAUCCAUGUGACAUCGCUAAAAUUAACAAAAGGACAUAAAAUUAAUAAUUUAUGCUAUAUUCGAUGGUUUAGGAUAUAUAUACACGAAUACUUUAAACAUUUUACACAUAAAAUUAUAUUUAAAUUAUAAAUUUUAUAAUUUAUAUUUUACAUUAUAAUACCAUAAAACUUUUAUAUUUUUCUUAUUUUAAUUUAACUUUUCUUAUUUUCUUCUAUUUGGACGUAUAUUUAAAAAAAAAUUAAUUUAAUUGUAAUGUUUAUUAUAUAAAAUAAGUACUCUCAUCUUUUUUAAUAAUAUCGAUUCAUAAAUAAA